UAAAGUAUGAGGAUCAAGAGAAUGACAGUUAUCAACAACGCAAGGAUCUAACACAACUCUCAGAAACCAGUAAGGAAAAAGGUGAUAUAGAAGAAACCUACAGUCUGAAUGCAAAUUUAAGAACGCCAUUCUUCGCUUUAUUUUUUCCAUGAAUUUUUGUCUAGUAUGAUGCAACAUGAGGCAACAUGGAAAUACGUGGUGUAUAUUAACACACGUACAACCUAUAUCAGGUUACCUUCAGUCUUAGAGAAGACAGAGUGGUGGGGUGGGAGGAAGAGAGAAAGAGAACAUGGAUAGCAAAAUGUCAGGAAAGGAUUAUUGAACAUUGUACCUAGGUAAUCUGAGGAGGAAAAAAAAGAUUUUAAAAAAGAAAAGAAAAGAAAAUCCCCUCGCCUUAGAAGAGUCAGGAGAGCUGGAGUGGAGGGACAGGUCAGAGUUCCCUCCCUUGGAGCCAAACUCUAUGGGAACUUUUUCUGCAGAAAUAGAUGACUAAGCGGUGAGUCAAGGCUUGGCUACAGAAGAGGAUGGAAGGUUUGAAAGAAGGGGGAGUGUUUGACCGGUUCUGUCUCUAUUUCUAUCUCCUGGAACAGAGACAGAGAGGGACGUCAAAUCAUCUGAAAAAAAAAUAAUUAAAAACAAAAGCCUUGGGAAAGAAAAGUUCGUUGUGUUCUCUGCCCUGUGCAUCAGGUGGGAGGAGGGAGAAGCACGGAAGGGCGGUGUUGGUGCCGGCCCCUUUCAGUACCCCCAUCCCUUUCUGGGCUCUUUCUCAAUCGCUGACUCAGCUGACGAGUCUAGGCUCUUGAAACGAUUGAAAGGAUUCAGCUGAAGAAAAAAGGAAGUUUGUAAGGAGAGAUAAGAGUUGAGCUGUCCCGUCCACCCGGCUCAGUUGCAUCAGCGAAUGGUGAAGUAGUUGCGGAGCCCCGACAAACCAGGUUACUGGGGUUGUCAAGGAGGCUCAGGAGUGUUUCCUCCCAGCAGCUUUGUGGGCGGGAGCCUGGGCCGGCUUGAGGGAUAGGGAGGCCUUUCUUGCUAAUGGAACAGACAGGCACGUGGGAGCUCAGAACUGGAGGAGACUGGAAACUGAAGGCUGGAGGAGGCUGUGUAGCUCCCACUCUGGGCGCUACCAGGAGGAAUUUGAGCUCCCGGGUGUCAAGAGGUCCUUUCUGCCUGCCAAAGUGGGAACCUCCACAGCUCAUGGCCAAAGUUCAUGGGAUCCAGAAGAAUGAGCACCCAGUAGGAGUUAUCUUCAUGAUGCUGAGGUUGCUGUUUCUUGGUUCCAUGCUUUUGAGAGGCACCAUUGUCUCUGCAGUGGAGAUAUCCUCUCUGAACGGGACCGUGGGAAAAUCUAUCCUGCUCUGUAUAGCCACAGAUUAUGGAAAUGAGACUCGGUCAAUUGAAUGGAUUGAUAAGACUCACAAUCAACUCCUGUUCAAGAUCCAGCCAGGGGAAACUGAGUCAAACUGGACUACCACCCAGGACACAUACAAAGGGAGGCUGUCUGUACAUGAUAUGGGUUGUCUGAAGAUUGAGAAUCUGACCUCUGAAGACAGUGGUCUCUAUGAAGUAGAAAUCAAGUUGAACACUGGAGAAAUAAAACCUCAGAUCUUCAACGUGACUGUGUCUGGCACUGUGACUACAGGAUCCAACAUGAAACCACAGAAUUACUGGAUCUCAAUUGGCAUCCCAGUGGGUAUAGUCUGUGUUGUCCUCCUAGGGAUCGGAGUCCUGCUGUGUAAAGGCUUUUUCAAAAAAAGAAAAACGCCACAAGUGCAAAAUCUCAAGGAUGAGAGAAGACUAGAGGAGGGAAGGGCAGCUUAUCCAAAUGAUUUCCCUUCACAUCAAGAAUUCCAGAUUAAGGAAACAUACAGAGCCUGUAAAAAUGAACUCCCAACCCUUGAAGGAAAUUCUCCUGUGGAAAGUCUUUCUUCUUCUCGGGAUCCUCUCCUGGACACUAGUCACCCUGGACAGACUGAAGGGAGCCAACCUGAGAAGUACAAAGUCAACAUGUCUCAAUCAGACUGCCUACUGCCCCCCAUCCAUUCCUCAGGUUCCUCAGUCCCUGUUGGAAAUCAAACACACUGAAACCAACCAGGACCCUCCAUUCAUAAUCUGCAUGGUUGGCCAAAGGAAAGAGCUACCCUUUCUCCUCCCUUUAUCCAUGCUAGGACUAACUAAAGGGACCUCCUUCCUCAAAUGUUGCAGUAGAUUAAUAGAAUUAUCUGGGGAUUAAUAGAUUAAUAGAUAAUUAAUAGAUAAUAGUAGAUUAAUAGAAUUAUCCCCAUGGCUACUGGGACUUUAGGGUCAAUGAAGGAGGUAUCCCAACAUACAAGGAGGCUGGUGAAAAGAAAAAAGUCAUAGCUAAGUUUUUCCUCAGCUGGGGCAUAAUCUAGACCCAUGGUGGCAAACCUAUAGCACUGUCAAUAUGGAAUCUAGGAAUCCUAAACUUGAUACUGUUAACUUGGAAAUAAUACAGAACUAUUAAAUAGUCAGAAAAACCAAGUCUUUAAUCAAGAUAGGGAUAAGUCCAAUUUGGCCCUUUACUCAGAGUUGGCACCACAUCCUUUUCAGGGUGCAAACCCUGGACUCUGGGGAUGUUAUCCCUAGGGAGAGCCACAACGCUAGAUGACAACUCCAAGGAACAAAAGAACUUGGGGAACCUAUAUACUCUUUGGAAAUCCAGGGGCAGGGAAUGAUGAUUGACAUUACUAUGGCUACAAGGAAAAUGGGAGUGUUCAAAGUACACUGAUAAGAUACAAUCAAGCUAGAAGCUAGGGUGCAAGAGAAGGGGGCUGCUUACAAUGGUUACUAAAGGAUGGUUCAUGCCCAGGUCUGACCUUCCUGAGAAAGGUUCUAAUAUAAUAGGGGACACUACCUAAAACAAAGAAAGUCCUUAGCAUAUGCUUAUCUCAACCAACCAGAAUUAUCAUUUCCCUUCAGGGUAGAUUCUAUGGGACCAGGGAAAAGGGACAAGCUUUUGGAAUCUCUAAUCUACAAGCUAAAUCUAAAAUUGGGGUUCAUCAGAUCCCACUAGGCCACAAGUUUGGGAUUCCUAAAUUCCAUGUUGACAUUACCUAGUGAGAUCUGAUGAACCCCAAUUUUCAGGACUAGCUUGUAGAUUGGAGACCCCAAAGCUUGUACUUGUUCCCUGUUCCCAUGGGAAUCUACCCUGAAGGGAAAUGACAAUCCUGGUUGGGUGAGAUAAACAUAUGCUAAGGACCCUCUUUGUUUUAGGUAGUCUCCCCUAUUGUAUCAGACCCUUUCCCAAGAAGAUCCACACCUGAGCAGGAACCAUUCUUUAGUAUCCAUUGUAAGCAGCCCCUUCUCUUAUACCCUAGCCUCUAGCUAUGAUUCUUUGCCCAAGCUUGAUUGUAUCUUGUCAAUGUAGUUUGAACACUCCCAUUUUCUUUGUAGCCAUAGUGAUGUCAAUCAUCUUUCCCUACCCCUCGGUUUUCCCAAAUGGUAUAUAAGUUCCCCAAAUUCUUUUGUUCCUUGGAGUCCAUCCUGAGUCCGUGGCACUCCCAGGGGUCAGUGACCAGGGCAUCUAGACUCUGUGCAGUCUUGGGAAGCAGCUCUGUUGUCGUACUUAGUAGCGCUAACCCCUUUUCCCUUGAUUAAAGAGUGAUUUUGACUAUUUAAUAGUUUGACAUUAAUGGAGGUCCCACCGAGAUCUGAAGUCUCUGCUGCCUGAGCCCUCCUGCUAACGAGGACCUCACACAACCCGUUUGGGGUUGGGUCAGGAGUCUGGAUAGCAAGGGCCAGGUAAGCGGCUCUCUCCGAGGUAGGACUCACACGUCUGGUUUGGGAGUGACUCGCUCUUUAAUUAAGGGAUUCUUAGUUGAGCACCUGUGGGGUACACAGCCACAUGGUCCAUAUUCACCCGGGCGCUAUAGGACAUGGGUAACAGCUUGUCUGUUGUCCCAAAAAUUGGUGGGGGCAGUCAGCAGCCCAGUGGGGGCAGUCAGCAGCCCAAAGAACCACCUAAUGAUAUGGCCAUUUUAAGGUUUGAGAAGAUGAGAAGAUGGCAGAGUCUGGCCCCAACACAUAUUGGACAACAUGGGGUCUAGUUUAACCUGGCUUCAAUUUUUUUUUAAUUUUUUUUUCAAAUUUUUCAAUUAUUUAAAAAAUAUAUAUUUUUUCAAUUUAUUUUUUCAAUGAGUUUAAUUAGAUUUUGGGUGUGUGUGUUAGUGCCUGUGUGAGUGCAACAGUGUCUAUGCUAAAGGUGAGGGCAAGGAGAGCAGUUCAGAAGCAUGAAAGUUUGGCUGAAAGUUUUGAAUGGGAAGCUUGAGUUGGAGUGUGAGAGCCUGAGUGUUCAAUUGCGAGUCUGAGUAAGUUGAUUAAAAUAGAGAAAAUUUCUUCAUGAAUUGAGAUGCCAUGGCUUAAGGUUUAAGUGGUUAUAAAGUUUUGAAAAAAAAAGCUUCUCAUAGAAGCUUAAGAACUUAAGUUCUGGAUUUCUUCUCAAAAAAUUUUGUGGGCUUUUGCUUAUAUUGUAUGUCUAAUGUACUUAUUAGGCGGAGACCACUAAUAAUUUCAAAUGCUUGUGAUUUAAAGGUUAGCAAAUAAUGUCUGAAAGUUGUGUUAACAAUGAAUUCCUCCCAAAAGUUGAAGAGGCAAGACUGGAGCUGGUGAUCUGUGUUAUGGGCAGGAAGGAUACCCUUUGGGGUUCGGGCAGGAUACCUUUUGCAAGCAUGCAAUGACUCCAAAACUUAGCUUAAAAACAAAAAGAGAUUUAUUAAUUUAGAGAGUAAUGUUGAGAGUGGCCAGGAGGAUAGCAAGGUAGAACAGCAAGAUGGGGAGCAGUUCCCUGGGAGGACAGCAUGAAAGGAAAGGCUGUUCCCCCAUGGGGACAGCAUGGAUGGAGAGGCUGUCCCCCAGAUGACAUCAGUUCUGGGGUUUAUAUACUCUUUAGAUGCUAUGUCCUGGUGUGGACUUGACCUAUAGAAUGUUAGUCCCUCAGGCAUUUGGUGGGGUGAGGUGGUCAUCUGACUGGGGUCUGCCUGGAGGCAUAAAGAUUCAUUUCUUUGUCCACCUUAAAUCUAGAGGACAAAAGAGGGUAAACAUCUCAGGACCCUAGGGAGGUCAUUGGGUGUUUUUAAGUUAAGAGUCACAAGGAUGCAAGGGCAAAGGAGUUUCCUGAUAAUAGUUGGCCUGGGUUUCUGGGGUACAGUGCCCAUGUCACUAUGAUACGUGAAUAUCCAUCAGGAGGCAAAAGGAGGUCCAGAAAUUCUUAAGUUUAAGGUCUAAUUUUUCGUUCCAAAGUUUUGGUAUGGUUAAUGUAUGAAAUAUUGUGUAUCAAGUGCAGUUAAUAUUGGUAACAAGGUGCAUUUUAUUCUAGGUAUUAACCUGGCUAUUUGAGUGCUAUAAUUUCAUGGUUUUUUUCCAAGCUGUUAAUUUUUUUAAAAUAGCAAGGUAUGUGUGAGUUCUGGAGUGAAGAAAUUUCAUUUUAGGAUGGUUAACUACAGACCUUACUGGUCACUGAAUGGUUGUAAAUGACAAGAAAUAAUAAUUAUAUUAUAAUAUAUAUGUUGUUGUAUAUAAAUGUUGUAAAUAAGAAAUUGGGGAAAAGGAAUUGCUUUAAAUGGUAAGGAAGCCCUGAACAUUUUUAACUGACCAACAAAUUUCCUCUUUAGGAGCAGCUUUAGCCUUAGGCCAAAGUGGUUUGAGGCAAACCAUAAGAAAGGCAAACUUGGAGCCAAAGGCAAAUUAAGAGUUGGAAAAAAAAAGAGAAGAGAAAAGAAAGGAAUUGUAGUGUUAAGGUCCGGGAUUUCACCCACCACCAUGGAAGUCCAGGAACAAUGCAAACUGGCAGAGAAAGGCCAUUUAUUGAACUGAUACGUGUAUCAGUGGGAACCUCUUUCAUCAGAGUUCCGAGUUGCUUCUGACAGGCUGGGCUUUUUAUACUUUUAGUAGGCACCUUAUCUACUAUAUACCAUCCUUGGAAUUUUGCCUGCAUGUAUGGCUCUUAUCGGCUUCCUACUAUUCUUGGAACUUUGACAAUUCUAUAUUAUUGGGGUCUUCCUGGCCUGUUGUUUGACAUAUUUAUUGGGGUCCUCCUGGCCUUUAUCUGGUACCUACUGCAGCUGGCAGUUUGGCAUAUUUAUGGUUCUGACAAGUUUCUCAAGGCUGACCAGCUCAUUAGGCCUUCCUGCUAGGAUUUGGUAUAUUUACGGUUCUGACAGGUCAGCUUGUUAGGCCUUCCUGUUUUCUCAAGUUUGGCCAUUUUCCGGCCUCCCUCAGUAGAAGUAUUCAGAGUUAAAGGUAACUUUUAAGCUUUCUUAGUAAUCCUAAGUUUUGUGUUUGGAGGAAAAAUGCGAUGAGUUUCGGUUUUUUUAAGAGGUAAAAAGGAUCAUGAACUAUAACCUGAUUUGGAAUUUUUAAGGUAAAUUUCCAGAGUGCAAUCAUUACAAGAAAAGUUGUUGUUUAAAGACCAGUGAAUAAUGAUAAUUAAUUUACUUUUUAAGUGGAGAGAAUUAAUGGCUUUGUAAGCAUUAUUUCUGAUGACCUUUGGCAUAUAGCUGCUAAUAAAGAAAUUUCUCACCUGGGAAACUAAAA